CAUCUCUUCCCGGAAGUGCAGCUACUUGACGCGAGUGUGAUGGCUUCAAGGUUACUUCGCGGAGCCGGAGCUCUGGCGGCUCAGGGCCUGAGGGCCUGCGGUCCUAAUGGGGUAGCCGCCGUGCGCUCCAUGUCUUCUCGAGGUGGUAUUCCUACUGAUGAUGAGCAGGCCACUGGGCUGGAGAGGGAGGUGUUGAUGGCUGCAAAGAAGGGACUGGACCCAUACAAUAUACUUGCCCCAAAGGCAGCUUCAGGCACCAAGGAAGACCCUAACUUAGUCCCAUCCAUCACCAACAAGCGAAUUGUGGGUUGCAUUUGUGAAGAGGACAACAGUGCUGUCAUCUGGUUCUGGGUGCACAAAGGCGAGACUCAGCGAUGCCCAAAUUGUGGAACCCACUACAAGCUGGUUCCUCACCAGUUUGCCCAUUGAGCCUCUGUACUCACUCACUCAGAAUAUGCUAUAAAGUUUCUUCUUUCUAAUAAAUUCUAGCCAUUGCAGUGGCUCCUCCCGUA